AUGAGCGUCUCAGACACCGCGCACAGUCCCUCGGAUCCGGGGCGUGCCUCCCUAUUGGUCCAGAAGGACGGCCUUAGCCUCCCAUUGCCCGCCCCGAGAGCCCCCUCGUGGCCUCUCUCCCCAGACGAGGAUCCCAGCUUGCCCCCUUUUCCUCUGGAAGAGCCUGGCCCCAGGCCUCUGGGCCAGGGGAACCUUCCCUCUCCAGCCUUGUCCUUAGAGGGACGGGAAAAGGAGGAAGAGGGUGAGGAUGAUGAAGAUAUGGCGCAACUAGAGGGGUUGCGCAGCGAGGAGCACCCGAGCCAGUUCUUCGCCGAGGCUCAGCGGCUGCGGGAGCAGAGGUUGUUGCUGGACGAAGAGGUGUUGGUUGGGGGGCGAGUGUACGGAGUACACCGGGUUAUCUUGGCCGCAGUCAGCAGCCUCUUCCGAAGCAGGCUGCUGGGCUGCGGCGGUCCACAGGCCCCCCUCAGCCUUGACGUGGCCCUCAGGGGCUGGGAGGCAGUGUUGACCUUUGCCUAUGAGGGAGUGCUGGGCCCAGUCUCGCUGCAGGAUGUGCUGGCUGCGGCCGAGGCCCUGGGAGCGCCCCGGGUGAAGGCUGUGGCCCAGCAGAGAAGCGAGGGAGCUGUCAGCACCCGGGAAGAUGACAAGAAGUCCAGCCAGGCAGAGGAACUGAGGGAGAACUUACGCAGGAUCGAGCUCCUCUACAGAGAAGGCGUGGGAUGUGACCUGGAGCUGGAGGCUGGAGGCUGCCGGCUAAGGGUGCACCGAGCAGCUCUUGCCUGUGGCAGUGAGUUCUUUGGGGCCAUGCUCCUGAGUGGAAUGAAGGAAUCUCAUGGCACGGAGGUGUCCCUGCACACCAUCUCUGCCGAGGACCUGCAGCUCCUCGUCUCUUUUGCCUACUCCGGGGUUGUGCGGGCAAGUUGGUCAGGACUUCUGAGAGCUGCCCAGGCUGCUCUGCAGUACCAGAGCUCUUCCUGUCUGGCUUUGUGCCAGAGAGCCUUGGCACAGGGUCUCAGCCCUGCCCGUUGCCUGGCCCUGUUUCCCAUGGCUGAAGCCCCUGGGUUGGAGAGGCUCUGGAGCAAAGUUCGUCACUACCUCCUCACCCACCUGCCUGUUGUGGCUUUGUGCCCCACUUUCCCUUCUUUACCGGCUGCCUACCUGGCUGAACUCCUAGAUAGUGAUGAGCUUCAUGUGCAGGAGGAGUUUGAGGCCUUUGUGGCUGCACGGUGUUGGCUAGCUGCCAACCCUGAGACCCAGGAGUCAGAGGCCAAGGCCCUGCUGCGAUGUGUCCGCUUUGGCCGCAUGUCCACCAGGGAGCUGCGGAGGGUGCGGGCAGCUGGGCUCCCACCGUUCCUGCCACUGGACCUACUGCACCAGCUGAUGGUAGAAGCUGAGGUUCCAGGUCAGGAGAGGCGGAGGGAGCCUGACCGGGCACUGGUGGUGAUUGGUGGGGAUGGGCUCAGAUCAGACAUGGCUGUAAGACAGCCAUCCCGAGGAGUGUGGUGGGCCCGGGCCUUCUGCUGUGGCAUGGGACUGGUGCGAACUGUGGAGUGGGGGCGGCUGCCUGCCCUGCCUGCCCCCGGGCGCUUCCGUCAUGGGGCGUCCAGUCUGUCAGGAAGUGAACUCUAUGUGUGUGGAGGACAAGACUUCUACAGCCACUCCAAUACUCUGGCUUCGACUCUCAGAUGGGAUCCCAGUCAAGAAGACUGGGAGGAGAAAGCACCUUUGUGCCAGCCUCGGAGCUUUUUUCCCCUGGUAGUGUUGGAUGGCCAACUUUAUGCCCUGGGUGGGCGACACAAUGGUAUUGCCCUCAACUCUGUGGAGACCUACAAUCCUGAGCUCAAUGUCUGGAGGCCAGCACCUGCACUUCCAGCACCGUGCUUUGCCCAUGCAGCUGCUGUUUUGGAGGGCAGAUUGUACGUGAGCGGUGGCUGUUGUGAAAGUGGCCGAUACCUGGCCUCAUUGCUGCACUAUGACCCCAAACUUGAGAACCCAGGGACACUUUUAAGCCCUAUGGGGGUACCUCGAGCUGCCCAUGUCAUGGCUGCUCUGGGUGGGCAGUUGUAUGUAGCAGGUGGGCUGGGUGAGACCGGGGACUUGCUGAGCUUUGAAACCUAUGAACCAAGGACUGAUAGCUGGACUCACCUUGCACCUCUGCCCUCUCCCCAUGUGGGAGCUGCAGGUGCUGUGCUCCAGGGAGAGCUACUAGUGCUGGGAGGUUACAGCCACCGUACCUAUGCCCUCUCCCACCUUAUUCAUGCCUAUUGUCCUGGCCUGGGCCGAUGGCUCUGCCUGGGAACGCUGCCAAGGCCUCGAGCUGAGAUGCCUGCCUGCAUCCUGACACUGCCCACUGUGGAACACAUAGUUUUAGGUCCCACCCUACACCAAACCAAACCUGCUGGGUGAAGGGAGACAAGCAGCCUGUGGGGGUGGUAAGGAAGGGAUAA